CAAAGGCCACCUCCGGCCUCCAUUUGCAAAGUUAGUGAAGCCAAAUAACCAGAGAUGCUUUGUGCACAAGGGAUGAUAAAUAAAAAAAAGGAUCCAGCCACGACCAUACGCCACGGCUGGCUCGACCGUCUUACGCAAACAAAUUCUGUUUCUAUCCGGCAGGUGACCGGUUGGCUGACUCCACCAUCACACUCGCGGUGGCCCUUGAACCUCUCUCACUUGACCACGCCCCUUAUUCCUUCACAUCCAAUCCCGACAUGGAGCCCAUCAAGGUCCAAUCAGAGGGUGGACUGAAUGUGACCCUCACCAUCAGGCUGCUGAUGCACGGAAAGGAGGUCGGAAGCAUCAUAGGAAAGAAAGGAGAAACGGUGAAGAAAAUGCGUGAAGACAGCGGAGCCCGUAUCAACAUCUCAGAGGGGAACUGCCCUGAGCGGAUAGUCACCAUCACCGGGCCGACAGACGCUAUUUUCAAGGCCUUUGCCAUGAUCGCCUACAAGUUUGAGGAGGAUAUAAUCAAUUCCAUGAGCAACAGUCCAGCCACCAGUAAACCGCCCGUCACCCUGAGGCUCGUCGUCCCGGCCAGCCAGUGUGGCUCCCUCAUCGGGAAAGGAGGCUCCAAAAUCAAAGAAAUGAGAGAGUCCACAGGCGCUCAGGUGCAGGUUGCAGGGGACAUGCUCCCCAACUCCACCGAGCGGGCGGUGACCAUCUCCGGGGCCCCAGAAGCCAUCAUCCAGUGUGUCAAACAGAUCUGUGUGGUGAUGCUGGAGUCCCCACCGAAAGGUGCCACCAUCCCCUACCGCCCCAAGCCUGCCUCCACCCCUGUCAUUUUUUCAGGUGGCCAGGUAAGAGCAGACCCACUGGGGGCGUCCACAGCCAACCUCAGCCUCUUACUGCAGCACCAGCCACUGCCUGCUUAUACCAUUCAAGGACAGUACGCCAUCCCUCAUCCAGACUUGAGCAAGCUCCACCAGUUGGCUAUGCAGCAAACCCCCUUUACCCCCCUCGGACAGACCACCCCUGCCUUCCCCGGUCUGGAUGCCAGUAACCAGGCCAGUACUCAUGAACUCACCAUUCCCAAUGAUCUAAUAGGCUGCAUAAUCGGACGCCAGGGAACCAAAAUCAACGAGAUCCGUCAGAUGUCUGGGGCGCAGAUCAAAAUUGCUAACGCCAUGGAAGGGUCAUCGGAGCGCCAGAUCACCAUCACAGGGACCCCCGCCAACAUCAGCCUGGCCCAGUACCUCAUCAAUGCAAGGUUCAGAGACGUGGCGGCCAUGUGGAACGACCCAUCUUCCAUGACCACAUCCUGAGAUCCCUGACUGGCUCCUCCGUUUGGCCCUUUCCAAUGACUGACUACCGCAGACAACCCUGAUGCAGCCCUUCGGACUCUGGCUCUGGCUCUCCGAAAAAAAC